GGAGCGAGGAGAGAGAGAGCAGACAGAAGACAGAGACUUGAAGGCGAGUACGGGAAAAGAAGGAGAGAGAGGAAGAGGGAAAGAAGAAGGAAAAGAGAAGAAAGGAAGGAUGCAGUGAGAACAGUACUAGACAGAUAGAGAGCGAGAGAGAAAGAGAGAGAGAGAGAAAGAAAAGUGUCACUGAGUGACAUAGGAUUGGGAGUUCUCUUUUCCAGCUCCUUCCAGGUCUUUAGACUGCUUAUGAGUAGAGAGGUCUUCCUCUGUCUGGCAGUUGGACAGCGGCAGCGACAGGGACAGCUGCAAACCUGAGUGGACAGAGAAAGACAGAGACUCUGUAGCCCAGACAUAUCUGAUUUAAUCGGAGUUGCUUCUCCGCUAACUUCUGUUUGGUGCUGGUGAUCAAGGAGCCCGCCGGACUAAACAAGUACACUAACUGUGUGGCUUGCUGAAGAUGCUCGAACUAGUGAGUUCGUCGGAGAGAGAACUCCCAGCAUAAACUGCCCCAUCCCUCCAUCGCCCUAACUCUAGAAGUGAGAAGAGGACAAAAACAAGGAGGGGGUAAGGAGGAGGCAGGUGCCUCACUCUGCCGCCGAGUUCACCACCUUUGCGGCAUGGAUGGAUUCACACCCAGCAACCCCCUGCCCCUUGGUCCAGAUGACCUUAACAACCAGAGCAACAACACUACCUCCAGUGAUUCGCCCUCCGUUCGGGCCAAUGGUACUGAUCUCUCAGACGUGUCCUUCGGCUACCAGGUAGUCACCUCGGUGCUGCUCGGGUCUUUGAUCCUCUGUGCGGUGAUCGGCAAUGCCUGUGUAGUGGCCGCAAUUAUCCUGGAGCGCUCUCUGCAGAACGUGGCUAACUAUCUUAUCGGCUCUCUGGCUGUCACCGACCUGAUGGUUUCCGUGCUAGUUUUGCCCAUGGCUGCUCUCUACCAGGUCCUCAACAAGUGGACCCUCGGCCAGGUGACCUGCGACAUUUUUAUCUCCCUAGAUGUACUCUGCUGCACGUCGUCCAUCCUGCACCUGUGCGCCAUUGCCCUGGACAGGUACUGGGCCAUCACCGACCCCAUUGAUUAUGUAAAUAAGAGAACCCCCCGGAGAGCUGCUAUCCUCAUCAGUCUCACUUGGCUUAUCGGCUUUCUGAUCUCUAUCCCACCUAUGCUGGGUUGGCGGACCCCAGAAGACCGCUCUAACCCCAACGCUUGCACCAUCAGCAAAGACCACGGCUACACCAUUUACUCUACGUUUGGCGCCUUCUACAUCCCCCUCCUUCUGAUGCUAGUGCUCUAUGGGCGGAUCUUCAAAGCCGCUCGGUUCCGGAUCCGCAAGACAGUCAGGAAGACGGAGAAGUUUGGGGAGAGUUGCUUCGGUGGAUCCCCUGAUCCCCCACCCAAGGAAGACGAUGGGGAAUCCAGCAGCAGGAAUUGGAGGCGCUGGGCGGAGCCCAAGACUGUGGAGGAGGCCUGCGUGAAUGGGGCUAUAAGGAUGGGUGAAGAUCGCGCCGCCCUGGAGGUGAUUGAGAUCCAACAGUACGGCACCUCCAAGGACCAUCUAUCGCUCCCCAGUGACGGUGGUGGAAUCCCCAGUAUCACCUACGACCAGAAGGCCGAACGGAAUGCAGAAGCCAAGAGGAAGCUCGCUUUGGCCCGGGAGAGGAAGACAGUCAAGACCCUAGGCAUCAUAAUGGGUACCUUUAUCCUCUGCUGGCUGCCGUUCUUUAUCGUGGCCCUGGUCCUGCCCUUCUGCGAGAGCAGCUGCCACAUGCCCAACUCACUGGGUGCGAUCAUCAACUGGCUGGGCUACUCCAACUCUCUGCUCAACCCUAUCAUCUAUGCCUACUUCAACAAAGAUUUCCAAAGUGCUUUCAAGAAGAUCAUUAGGUGCAAAUUCUGCUGGCGUUAAUUCUGCCGGCAGUAAUAUUUUGCUGGCUGGGGUCUGAUUGCACAAUCUGACCCCUCCCCAUGCUCACCCUCACCUCCAUCUCACUUCUUGAUAAGUCACUCACCUCCAAAUUUAGCUUACCUCUUUUCUCCUAAACCUCCAUGUCGCCACUGCUUCUGCCUUUGGGGUUCCAGUCUUCUUUAGCUAACGCAACCCAAUGCUGGGGGGGAAGGGAGAAGGGGAAUUAUUUGGAUAUAAUGGAGCCGCAAUGGGGAAAAGGGGGUUGGGUUUGGGGACGCGAACUCCAUCAUUAGAGUUUAUUUGGGAAACAAAGUUGGUUAUGACUUUCUCCCUUAAUCCUAACCGAGGCUCCCUAAACCUGGACAGUUUCCAAGUUGUUGUUUCCUUCCUCCCAGGACAGAACUGAAAACAAAGUAGCAAAUCGCUUUGCGCUAGGUGUAUUUGAGUUCAAGAAAUUUAAGUUGCUAGGUAUCUAGUCUGGUUAUCCCCUUCGCGCCCUGCCUGCACCAACCCUCUGAACUUUCAGUCAUUCGAUUGACCUUGUCCACUUCCAUCCUCAUCCACUCCCUUUCUCCUCCAGGUGUGUACCAAGAUCAGAAAGGCUGCAGGACUUUUCAGAGAACUUUGAUAGUUGUGUACACCAAAUUUCCAGCGUUCCUCAGAGUGAUGAAUAGCAGCCCAUGCAUAACACCUGUUUGUCUUGCUUUCCCUGCCCACCUCCUCCAAUACAAGGGAGAGUGGAAAGAAAAAAAAAAAAAAAA